AUGAUUAUGGAAACUUCUUCCACCUUCUCUUCUUUCCUUUUCCUGUGUGUGCUGGUUCUUUCAGACAUCAGUCUUGCAAUCUCCCUGAAGCCUGGCACAAAGCUCAAAAAUGCCCCAGAGAACAACCACCACCUUCAAAAUCAAGAGAUGUGGCUGCAGCAGCCCAGAACUGGGCGCCAUCACAGGCAAGGCUUGGCCAAGAAGGAGAGGGCCCAUACCAUGGCUUCAAGAGGGCAGCUGGCUGGGGAAGAGACCCUCAAGAUGGGCAGUGGAGCUUCAGCUGUGGAAGAGAUGGUGGCAGAGGGACAGCCAGCAGCCCUGAAACAGAAUAAGGACGUGUUCCUGGGGUUUGAAUUGUCAUAUCCUGAGAGGGAAAACCAGUCCCCAGGCUCUGAGAAAGGAAAGAAGCAGAACCGAGAACAUCGUCGACACAGCCGCAGGGACAGGCUCAAACAUCACCAAGGGAAGGCUCCUGAUGCUGGGCCAAGCUCCCUGUACAAGAAACCCAAAAGCUCUGAAGAACAGUUUCAAAAUCUUCAGGCAGAAGAAGCUACAAGUCUGACUCCCACCAUGCUCCUCAUUGCUGCACUGGACACAGCUGUUUCCACAGAAGAGCCUCCUGUUCUUCCAGCCACUUCACCACGGUCACAGGCCCGCCUCAGGCAAGAUGGGGAUGUGAUGCCCACCUUGGAUAUGGCACUCUUUGACUGGACCGAUUAUGAGGACCUCAAACCAGAAAUGUGGCCAUCUGCUAAAAAGAAAGAAAAACGCCGCAGUAAGAGCCCCAACAGUGUAAAUGAAACCACAACAGCUGAAGGAGAGCCAUGUGAUCACCACCUUGACUGCCUCCCAGGCUCUUGCUGUGACUUACGUGAACACCUCUGCAAACCACACAAUCGAGGCCUUAACAACAAGUGUUAUGAUGACUGUAUGUGCACUGAAGGGCUGCGCUGUUACGCCAAAUUCCACCGGAACCGAAGAGUGACGCGGAGGAAGGGGCGCUGUGUGGAGCCUGAAACAGCCAAUGGAGAGCAGGGAUCUUUCAUUAAUGUUUAG